AUGGCCUCCCCAGGAGACGCGCCUGCCGACGCCCCGCCGCAGCCCGCUGUUCACGCCGCUCACGAGCACGACGGCGCGCAGAGCAAGCCCGUCAAGCGCUCGUGGAGGCGCAAGUACAGGAAGAUGCGCGUGCGCUUCGACGAGACGAUGACAGCGAGCAACAACUACAUCCUCGAGGAAUGGAAGUCGCAAGCAGUUGCGCGCAGGCUGCGCGAGCAGAACGACCAAAUCCUCGACAUCCUCCUCGAGAUGAACGAUAGCGCACGACUGCCCGCGAGGCUGCGCCUGGACCUGCGAGAACAAGCCGAGAUUGACGCCAAACCCACCAUCGAAGACCCCGAGGUCGUGCAGCAGCGCUUGAACAGCCUCCGGACAGAGCUUGCCAACGGCAUCAUCACAGCCGACGAAUACACGCGUCGUGCCGAGGCUCUCCACAACUCACAAACCAUUCAGCUGUCGCGCUCCCUCGCCGGUCUCGAAGCCAAGAUACCACACUCGACGGAAGCUCCCGACCCGCCCAUAGAGGGCUUGGACCUAUCAGAGACAGCGCCCGGCUACAUGUCGCCUACCCACGAAGAAGAAUACCUUGCCCUCCUGGAUCAAGCAUUCGCCGAUCCCAACGCCUUCGAUGCCCGCCCCAUCCGCAUACCCUCCAGCCAUCCCCCGCCCACCGAGAAAGAUCUCUCGGUACGAAACCCAGACAGUGUCUACAGCUGGCUCCGGAAGCACCAACCACAAGUUUUCCUGCAGGACAAGGACCCCCAACACCCAGAGAACAUGGCGGAGAAGGCCGCGCCAAAGGCAAAUGCAGGGGCUCGGGGGAAGCGCCAGUCGGCUGCGGCAGGCACGCCAGGUCCCAAAACCGAUCAUGAAGAGGACGAAGGACUCGAAGGUGAACCCGGGGCGCCAGGCAAGGGUGGUCGGAAGAGCAAGGGUGGUGAGAACGACUCAGCAUACCGGCCCAAGGGGGGCAGCAGUCGCGCUCCGAAGCGAAAGAGGGAGGAUGGAGAGCCCGCAGCGAAAGGCAACAAGAGAAAACGUCAGAGCGCAGCAGGAGCGGCUGCAUGA